CCCGGACCUGCAGAACGGCGCAUGGGAGAAUGGUAGUGAGCCCAUAAGACCAUGCUCUACACAAUGACAUGUUGGCUCCUGGUCCUGGUCCUCCACCUGGUCCUCCCGAGCCCCCCGCGGGUGGCAGCCUGCCCGGCCCGCUGCGAGUGCGCCCCGCAGAUCAAGUCGGUGGUGUGUCACCGCAAGCGGCUCACCUCCAUCCCCGAGGGCAUCCCCACCGAGACCAAGAUCCUGGAGCUCAACAAGAACCGCAUCCGCUGCCUGAACCCGGGGGACCUCUCCCCAUACCCGCUGCUGGAGGAGCUGGAUUUCAGCGAGAACAUCAUCUCCAAUGUGGAGCCGGGCGCCUUCAGCAACCUCUUCAACCUGCAGACCUUGCGGCUGCGGGGGAACCAGCUCAAGCUCAUCCCCCCAGGGGUCUUCACCAAGCUGACCAACCUCACCCUCCUGGACAUCAGUGAGAACAAACUUGUCAUCCUGCUGGACUACAUGUUCCAGGACCUGCGAAACCUGAAGAGCCUGGAGGUAGGCGAUAACGACUUGGUGUACAUCUCCCAGCGGGCCUUCUCGGGGCUGCUUGGCCUGGAGCAGCUGACCAUCGAGAAGUGCAACCUGACCUCCAUCUCGGCCGAGUCGCUCUCCUACCUCCAGCUCCUGGAGGUGCUGCGGCUCCGGCAUCUCAGCAUCUCCGCACUGGAGGACCAAAACUUCAAGAAGCUCUACAACCUCCUGCAGCUGGAGAUCGACAACUGGCCGCUGCUGGAAGACGUCUCCCCCACCAGCUUCCAGGGCCUGAACCUCACCUCACUCUCCAUCACCUACACCAACAUCACAGCCGUGCCCGCCGCUGCCUUGAGGAACCUGGUGUACCUCCGGUACCUGAACCUGUCCUACAACCCCAUUAGCACUGUGCUGAAGGGCUCCUUUAAAGACCUCAUCCGGCUCCAGGAGCUCCACAUCGUGGGUGCUCUCUUGGUGUCCGUGGAGCCGCAGGCUUUCUCCGGCCUGAGACAAAUCCGGCUGCUCAACCUCUCCAGCAACUUUCUCUCCACGCUGGAGGAGAGCACCUUCCACUCCGUCAACACACUGGAGACUCUGCGGGUGGACAGGAACCCCCUGGCCUGCGACUGCCGCCUCCUCUGGAUCCUGCAGCGACGGAAGACGCUUAACUUUGACGGGCAGCAGCCCAUGUGCUCCUCACCGCCCGAAAUCCAGGGCAAUGCCCUGCGCGACUUCCCGGACUCCAUCCUCUUCGAGUACUUCACCUGCCAGAAGCCCAAGAUAAGGGAUCGGAAGCUGCAGCACGUGACGGCCCGGGAAGGACAGUCCGUGUCCUUCCUUUGCCGGGCGGACGGGGAGCCGGACCCCUCCAUUGCCUGGGUGUCCCCCCAGCACCGCAUGAUCACCACCCGCAGCACGGGGCGGGCGACUGUGCUGCCCGGGGGCACCCUGGAGAUCCGUUUUGCCCAGGUGCAGGACAGCGGCACCUACAUCUGCAUCGCCAGCAACGCGGGGGGCAACGACACCUACUUCGCCACCCUGACGGUCAAGGGGCGGCCAGCUGAUGGCUCCCAUUAUGCCAACCGAACUUUGUACCUCAGCGAGUUCAACGACACCUCCCACAACGACACGCAAGUCUUCUUGAAGUUUACGUUGGACCUCAAGACCAUCCUGGUCUCCACGGCCAUGGGCUGCAUCACCUUCCUCGGCGUGGUGCUCUUCUGCUUCCUCCUCCUCUUCGUCUGGAGCCGGGGCCGGGGGCAGCACAAGAAUAACUUCUCAGUGGAGUACUCCUUCCGCAAGGUGGACGGUCCCACCACCACCACUGGCCAAGGAGGAGCCAGGAAGUUCAACAUGAAGAUGAUCUGAGCCUCUCCCAGAGGAGAACCGUUGUCUGCUGCCUGGCCCUGGGCAUGGCCGUGGCGGGACAGGGCCAGGGCAGGGGGGUGGGAGCACUGGCGACGUCCCGGGGCUGGCGGUGGGAUCUCCCCAUGUUGGGACGUGGCCGGAGACACGC